AUGUGGGAAGAAAUUGAGCUAAUACAAGUUGACCUCUCAUCUUCUCUAGAGACUGCUUUAAAAAAUAUAGAAGAUAAAAUAAAUUCAUGUUAUGCAAAAUAUGCUGAUGAAUAUGCAAAUACCGAUAGCACACUUUAUGUGAGAAUUGUAUAUGACAAACAAAAUUCACAAGUGUCAUUUCAAAUCUCCGAAGACAAUCCAAAUAAAGACGAACAAAUAUAUACAGAAUUUACUGCAAUGCCAUGGUAUUAUUUGCAAAGAAUGUUAAAUCAGAAAGUUGAACCUCCUUUAGCAAAUAUCUACAAUCGAUAUGCAAGAGAUGAACCAUAUUUAUUUAAAGAUGUUUUCGACCAAGAUGCUGUGAUAGUUCAUGCUUCAUUUUCUGGCGCCCAAAACUCUUUCUGA